UAUUAAUGAUCAUGUGGGUUUGGUGCACAGCAAGGUCAAAUCAGUACUAAUCCAAUUAAAUCAUUUAUUAACUAGCCUUAAAUCUUUCUUUUGGUCUGGUAAGUGCUUAGCCUUCUCAUUAGUGAUCAAGAUUCUGAUGAAUCUGUCUUCUUAACGUUGAAGUUGGGUUUAGCACUUGGCCGUGAAGAAUCCUUAAUAUUGCCACAAAAUCUCUUCCUAUUCCACCAUCCGUCUAGCUAUUUCUUCUUACAACUCGAAGAAGAAGAUUUCCCUUCAUCUAUUCUCCUCCUUUCCUGAGGCAACAAUGAAGAAAUCUCGUCUGUACCCAAACCAUGAGACAAACCAUUACAAUGGCGAUGAAGAUUAUGAUCCUCGUGCUGACUUUUCUCAGUUCUUGGAGGAAGCAAAGCGCGAUGAGAGAAAAACAGAUUUUGGGAUCAUCUCAUCAGCCGAAUCAGAAGAAGAUGGAAAGAUAAAACCGCACCAAGAGGAAACAAAGAACAAGAAGAAGAAAGCGUGGAAACCGUGGAAAGUUUUCCUUUUGCCAUUGUGGAAAGGUGAGAAAAAGAGCAAGCAUCACAUGGAACAAGAGGCCAACUUUUCUCACGUUUCAAUUACAAAACGAGGUUUUGCAUCUGGUCCAGUUUAUCAUAGCAGUGGCAAGGAUACAGAUGGCAGGCCUCGGCGUCUGACAUCUGGACCUCUCAGCAGCCUUUUCAGCCCCGCGAGGAAAGCUGAUUCUGAGAUACCUUAUAUGUGUCUUGACAAACUUAAUACUCCUCGUUUUGGUGGUGCUCGGACUUAUGGACCUGUUUACCUAGUAACUUAG